AAUUGUGAUUUGCAGGACGAAGUGAUGUCAAUCCGAAAACAAAACUAAAUUUGCAGGAUGCCGGUCACGUUAAGUCGAAAUAUUCAUAAGAUAUUUCGAUGCAAUUUGCUUGCGUCGAAUACCGAACUGGGCAUGAUGUUUCGGAUCGCAAGUGUCGAUGGUGAUGAUCGUUUUUGGAGCUUCCGAAUACUUGCUCGGGAAAUGGCCUUGUGCGUUUGCAGGAAUCCGUUGGAGGUUAUGAAAAUCGAAUUAUUCGCAACCUGAAGUUGGAUGAGACUGAUUUUCAUGUUGAUCAAAGUCGUGAUGCUGUGCUAUCCGAUUGGAAGACACUCCCAUGGAGCAAGAUGAAGAAUUGGCGAUGGAUCUUUCGAUUCAGAAAUGUGUUACCAAAUCCAUUUCAAAAUAUGUCUGCAUCAAAGACCGCUGCCAUCGUCAUGUUAGCACCCACGGCGCCGAUGACGUCAUCGGGCCUGAUGAUGGACCCGGGCUCCGCGGCGGCGCAAGGCAGGCUGAAGCAGCGCAGCAAGGCCCACAGGUCCCAGAGUGCCAGGCCACCCAACAAGCCGGUCAUCAGGCUCCAAAGGGGUCGCACCCGGGAUCUGGAAGAGAGUGAGCUCAUGGACCCCAUGCUGGGGGACCCUGUUGCUGCCAGCAGCAGUGGGCCAUGUGCUGUCAGACAACAGCACUCGUUUGGAACCCCAGAGGGUUCCCCAAUGCCCGGUGCCAGACGCAAAGACUACAGCCGUUCAGCAGCCUUGCGUCGCUCCAGGGUCUUCGCCUCACCAGCACCCAGUGGCCCAUCAGGUGCGGGUGUGGAAGACGAGGACUCCUACAGACUCAGAAAUUUCAGCCUCACCCCAAAGGGAUCAGCUGGAGCAGCGGCAGGAGCAGUGUCCACUUCUUCCGGUUCAAAACCCGAACAUGUCCGCACUUACCGGGUUGCCCUACUUGGGGUACCGGGUGUGGGAAAAAAUGCCCUGGUCAACCAGUUCAUGACCUCGGAAUGCAUCAACGUCUACGAACGCAGCCAGUCCACUGAAGACAGCAGUUUGGACAUCAGUCUGAACGUGGUGGUGAAUGGAAUUGAGUGCGAGCUUGUGUUCACCAUUGUGAGCAGCGCCAAGAUGGACGCCGGAGCCAGCGACUGCUGGACCCAGGCGCCGCCGGACGCCUUCCUGCUCCAAUACUCGGUGACUGACAAGGGCAGCUGGGAGCGCCUGGAACACCUGCUGGCCCGUCUGCAAAGCCGCGACUUGCUCCGCAACCGCGCCGCCAUCCUCGUCGGCAACAAGACCGACCUCGUGCGCAGUCGGGCCGUGUCCGACGCCGACGGCAAGGGACUCGCCUCCUCCUACCACACCAAGUUCGUCGAAAUCUCCGUCGCCUGCAACCACAACGUGGACGAGCUGCUCGUCGGACUCGUCAACCAGAUCCGCUUGCACGAAGGCGCCGCUGCUGCUGCCGCGGCGACGGCGGCGGCGGCGGAAAAGUCCUCAUCGCAGCAGCACGUCGUCCGUCGCCCGACGACGCUGGUCAGGGCCAGUCGACGGGUCAAACGCGUCUUUUCCAAGGUCUGGGGCAAGGUCGAGGACAAGGACUGCGACAACCUCAGUGUGCUCUAAUAAUCCCGCUAUAUGCACGUACUGAUGAAGAACAAGAUGAUGAUGAUGAUGAUGAUGAUGAUGAUGAUCAAUGCUGGAGAUGAAACCCCCUCAGCAGCAUCGCCUUUCGGGGUGAUUAUUCGAAACCCCUCGUCUUCUGCCAAGCAGCAGCCAGCAACACCAGCAGCAGCAGCCUCAUAUACAUCAGCAAUGCUAUAUUCUUUUUCAUCAAAACGGGUCGUUCCUCGUACUGUAUAUCCGCUGCGAGUCACCUCAUUCCGCCAGAGUCAUCUGUCCUUCUUCCUCAACAUGAAAAAAACAUCAAUCAUCAAUCGAAUUAUUUACCUUUAUUAUAUUAUUAAUUCAUUUAAUGGUCGUGGGGGCCGAAAAAGGGUACAGUAUUUUUCUCGCGAGGACCUCUGAAUAUUUAUUCUUUAUCAAAUAAUCUGGGUGCUGUGUGAUGUUUUUUUAAACGCUAAAUUCUGCCUCUCGUUUAAAAUACGGUUUUAUUGAGUUUUCAAUGCAUAAAAAGGUUGCAUAGGCGACGAGAAUAAAUAUUUAAAAAAAAUGGAAGCCUCGAUAAGGGAAUGCUUAUGAGGAGGUGAAGCUACUGAAUUAAAUUGUAGCUAGAUCAAAUUGAAUUAAUUACUGUUUAUAAUAUAGCAUAUAUUCCAUUGAAAGAAAAUAUGACAAUUGUUUUGCUAAAUUCGAUACAUAUUUAUUGCACUUUCUGGUAGUACGGAAAAAGUUCAGUAAUUUUUAUCAUCGCGAGAAAAAUUUAAUUUUUUUAUUUUUAAAUAUAGGGUGUGUAGAUGUUAUUUUCAAGACAUGUCACAUUUUGUUUUCAGCUUUUCAGUGAGCAAAUUAUUAUUUUUUUAUUCAGAAUAAAUGAAAGUACAAUACUGUAUAUGAGAUUAACGCAAAAAGGCAUCAAAGGUAUAAUGAUUGGAUAACUUUUAGAUACCUUAAUUUUGAAUCCUCAUACUGUAUUAGAUUAUUUCAUGCUGGAAAGUAUGGCAUAUGCUAUGUAUGAAAUGUAUGUAGGCUGUGCUAUAUAUGAAAUCGAUCGGACCCAGGUUUGUAAGUUAAAUGUGGAAAAAUUCACCAAAUGCUAAGGAAGAAAGGAUUUUGUAUUUAAAAAAUCACUCAACUGUUUUUACGGUAUACUCACAAAUAUUAGUCACCGCGAAAACUGAAAAUGGUUCGAUUGAAUAGUUUUAAACCGGAAGAUAUUCCGAAUUGGACGCCGUUUUUAUUGCACUGCAUUAUUAUAAAACCUUCAAGUGAGGCAUCAAACAGUAAAAAAUUUGAGUACAUUACAAUAUUUGUUGAAACUUGAAGCGGAAAAGUGUGCCUUAAAAUUUUAAUAUUGCUGGUGAUUUACGCGCUCAAAAUACCCAAGAAAUUAUUUUUUCUCCUCUAUUCGUUCAUCAGCAUGUCACACGAUCAUGACUUCCAUUUUUUCAAUUUUUCAAAAUUUCUUAAUAUAUAAGCAAUUUUGAAUAAAUAUAUAAUCAUUUUAUAUUGUCUGGAAAAAGCCUGGUUGAUUAUUCGUUUUUCGGACGAUGAGGACAUAUUAUUUAAUUGAUUCAUUCGCCCAACAUUUUUUUCCGAAUGCAUUUUAACAAAGCUGAGAAUUAGGUCGAAGAAAAUUCAAAAUGCAAACAUUAUACAGCGAAAAAUAAUCAGGCUUCCUAGGAAUCUUUUAUUUUUCUAACCGCCUUUGAUCUUAUUUAUAUAUCCUGAGCGCAGAAUAUAGUCUGCUAACGAUUUCGCGACUAUAUAAUGAAAAAUGCAGCGAAUUUUAUGCUUUGCUAUUAGGUUAUUGUCAGGUGCUUGUGCUUUAGGUGUGCUAACAAAGUUGAAUGACUUAGAAUGUGAUGAAGUCACAUUAGGUAGUGUGAUUGAAAUGCGUUUAAUUGAUGAUUGGGUUGAAUGAAUGUCUGUUUUUUUGGUGUUCUUAAGCGUUCUUUAAUUUAGCAGCCAUCUCAGAAAUUUGGCUUGCAAAUUUUUAAGUGUUCCACUUUUGAUUCCUGCCUGAUGAAGUUGGCUAGUUCAGCCUUAGUUUUGUAAAAGUUAGGUUAUGUUUGGCUAGUUUGAGAUUGUUUUUCUUAUUUAGCUAUGGUCUAUAUAGUUUUUCAAUGCUUUCAGCAUUGAGAAAAAAAGUGCACCAGUGAACAUAAAAUUCUGUUUGAAUUUUUUGAUGAAAAAAACGCAAUGUAUGCGUCAUUUCAAACGCUCUGUUCAUUUUAUGGAGGUUCAGUUGGUUACACAGUCUUAGGGUAACUAUACUGUACUGUACUUGACUAAGAUUGUAACCAAUCAAAGAAACAGGGUGGGCUGAUUGCACAAGUAGGGCCCACCUUAUUGUCUUAGUCUCUGAUGAAUCUGUCACUGAUGGGAAGAGGAAGAUGACCAAGUGAAAUGGGCUUGACUCCGAGCUGCGUUAACAAACGCUAUUUUUUUCUGUCCGAUACCAGCAAAUUUGCGUUAGUCGUGAAAUAUGCAAGAAAGGAAACAAGAUCGGAAUGUGUUGUGAGUCGAUGACUACGAUGAGCAUCACAAUUUACAAGAUCUUACGCUCUUUUUUCGGCUUGAGCUAUCGGUAUUCGUUGUACGCGUCGUGGCCACUGAUGCUGAGUAAUGAACUGAUGAGAAAUUC